GCCGGCCGAGGAAUCUUCCGGCUGCUCCGUAAUGGGUCCGUCUUCGAGAUUGACUUGUUUCGUCGUGAAAAGUAAUAAUGGCGAUGGUGGUGGAGCCACUUUCUUUAAUAUUUAUUAAUCUCUCCACUCCGUCCACAUUAAUUGUAUUUUCCUCCUCCAAUCUUCUUCUUACGUUCACUAUCUUUAACUGAUUUGAGUGAUUGUUUGUGCUGUUCGACCUACCUGUAUUGAUCCGAAACGACCAUGACCGGCGGAGAUUUCGCCACCGCCAGCAACGUCGGCGGAAACUUCGAUGCCAAGAUCACUCCGAUUGUCGUCACUUAUGGGUUCAUGGCCGCCACCGCUGGCCUCAUGUUCGGCUACGACGUCGGCGUUUCAGGUGGGGUGACGUUCAUGCGACCGUUCUUGAAGAAGUUCUUCGCAGGGGUAGAGGAAGGGGGAAAUGGUAAUUACUGCCAAAACGACAACUGGAGACUGCAACUGUUCACGUCGUCUUUAUAUCUGGCAGGGAUGACAGCGACAAUACUCGCCGCUUAUACGACAAGGAAGUUUGGGAGAAGGACGAGUAUGCUCGUAGCUGGCAUCUUCUUCCUUUGUGGAACUGCGUUCAGUGCAGGUGCUCAGGAUCUGGCCAUGCUCAUUAUUGGAAGACUUUUGCUUGGUUGUGGGGCUGGCUUUGGUAACCAGGCAGUGCCAGUGUUCCUUUCCGAAAUGGCGCCGACAAGGAUACGUGGAGCAAUGAAUAUACUGUUUCAGCUGAACGUGACCAUCGGCAUCCUCUUCGCUAACCUCGUCAGCUAUGGCACCAGCAAGAUAAAAGGUGACUGGGGAUGGAGGGUGUCUCUUGGAAUGGCGGGAGUACCGGCGGUGCUGCUGACGGUGGCGGCAUUGCUGGUGGCGGACACUCCAAACAGUCUGAUAGAGAGAGGACACAUUGAAGAAGGAAAAGAGGUUCUGAGAAAGAUCAGAGGUACAGACAACAUUGAUGCUGAGUUCAGGCAGUUGCUUGAGGCAAGCCAGGUGGCCAUUCAGGUGAACCACCCUUUCUGCAACCUCUUCAUUCGCCGGAACCAACCUCGACUUAUCAUCACCGUCGCUCUUCAGAUCUUCCAGCAAUUAACAGGCAUCAACGCUAUCAUGUUCUAUGCUCCAAUCCUCUUCACGACGCUAGGCUUCAAAAACGACGCUUCCCUCUACUCCGCCGUGAUCACCGGCGCCGUUAACCUCUUCUCCACCUUGAUCUCCAUCUACGCCGUCGACAUGGUCGGCCGCCGCAUGCUCCUCCUGGAAGCCGGCGUCCAAAUGUUCCUCUCGCAACUAGUGAUCGCCGUCAUCCUGGCAAUCAACGCCAGGGAUCGGCCCACGGACCUCUCAAAAGGCCUGGCCAUCUUCGUGGUGGUCAUGGUGUGCACCUUCGUCUCCUCCUUCGCCUGGUCGUGGGGCCCACUGGGGUGGGUCAUACCGGCGGAGACCUUCCCGUUGGGGGCUCGAUCUGCGGGCCAAAGCGCGACCGUCUUCACGAACUUCCUCUUCACAUUCGUGAUCGUGCAGUCGUUUCCGUCGAUGCUGUGCCAUUUGAGGUAUGGGAUCUUCCUGUUCUUCUCGGUGUGGGUGCUGAUUAUGUCGUUGUUUAUGAUGCUGCUUUUGCCGGAGACGAUGAACGUCCCUAUUGAGGACAUGACGGACAGGGUUUGGAAGCAACAUCGGGUGUGGAAGAGAUUUGUUGAAUAAAAAGAUGACGACUUUGAUCACCAACUCGAAAUGAAUGAUACGAUGCUGAUAAUUGAUCCCACAAAACGUAGGGUUUGUUUUUACCUUCUUGCCAGGCACAACUAUCCUUAUAUUGAAUGCGAUCUUGUUCGAGUAACAUCUUUUUGCAGUCUUUCCGAGUCAUUGUAGAGAGCUAGAUACGGACACUUUUUCCGGUAAAUUUCAUCAUGCUGUGAGGGACCAGUACUUCCUAUGGACCCAAACCGGUUGGGAAAAUGUAGAGUCUGGUGAAGAUAUUGACUGGAAAUAGAUCAAGAGAAGUGUGAAAAAGUAACACCUUGACUGACUCCAUCUCGUAGAGACAGUGAAUUUCACCUACUCUUGCUUUUGGAUUUCUUAUCUUUGUUUUUUCAAAUUAAAAAACAAAAUUGUAUAGUGGAAUAUGUUGAUUUUGUUUUGUGAUCA